GAACUCAUUGCCCGCCGCGAGGAGCUCCUCCAGCAGUGCGCCACCAAGGAUGUGGAAGUCGAAGUCCUUGCGGACUGUGCGGAGCUUGUGCGCCGUGGCCAGCUGCCCCAGUACCUGCUUGACACCCUGAUGGCCACACUUGCCUGCCCACAACCAACACCUCCUUGCCCCCCCUGUGGACAACGAUGUCCUGCUGCCCAUUCCUGGGGUGAGCGAUAA